AUCGACACUGUCGGGGACGCGGACGCGUCGAGAGCGCGCACAAAUUAGGAAAACCUGGUGAAGCAAUUAAGCGGCGCGACAGUCGAAGAAGAGGAAGAAGAAGGAGCGCGAGUCGAAGAUCACCCGAGUGCUCAGUGUUAGGAGAGAAAAAAGUGACGUUUACUGCCCCUGAGUCUGUAACGAAGUCAGGUUUUUCUGCCCCGGACAGUAGAGUUUUGGCGGCGGUGGAGCGUCAGACGCAGCGCGGCGCAGCCGUGGAGCACGAGCCCAGUUAGCUUCCUGGUCGCUACUGCAAAAUGAGUUGGAGCUUCCUCACCCGCCUGCUGGAUGAGAUCUCAAACCAUUCCACCUUCGUGGGGAAGAUCUGGCUGACUGUGCUCAUCAUCUUCCGCAUCGUGUUGACGGUUGUCGGUGGUGAGACCAUCUACUACGAUGAGCAGAGUAAAUUUGUCUGCAACACCAACCAGCCUGGUUGUGAGAACGUCUGCUAUGAUGCGUUUGCACCGCUCUCCCAUGUACGAUUCUGGAUUUUCCAGGUGAUCCUAAUAUCCACACCCACCAUCAUGUACCUGGGCUUUGCCAUGCACAGAAUUGCCCGCAUGGAAGAUACCGAUUAUCGGCAGGUGCGGCCUCAGAAAAAGAGGAUGCCCAUCGUCACUCGUGGGGCGGUGCGAGACUAUGAGGAGGCAGAAGACAAUGGUGAAGAGGACCCCAUGAUCGCUGAGGAGAUCGAGCCCGACAAGCCAGUAAUAGGCACUGUGAAGAAACACGACGGUCGGCGGCGGAUCCUGCGGGAUGGUCUAAUGACGGUGUAUGUGUGCCAGCUUCUGUGGCGUGCUGCUUUUGAAGUGGCCUUCCUGUUUGGCCAGUAUGUUCUCUACGGCUUCGAUGUGAUGGCCUUCUACGUCUGCACACGCUCCCCUUGUCCGCACACGGUGGAUUGCUUUGUGUCACGCCCCACGGAGAAGACCAUCUUUCUUUUGGUGAUGUAUGUGGUGUCCUUCCUGUGCCUGCUCCUCACCCUCUUCGAAAUCCUCCAUUUGGGCAUCGGCGGCAUCCAAGAUAGCUUUCGGAGACGACCCUCCAUGAGAGCACGUUCCGCUGUGCCCCUGCCCACCCGGUCCAUGCCCACUGCUCCGCCAGGGUACCAUGCCACCAUGAAGAAGGAGCGGCAAAAGGGAGACCUGAGGGAUUUGCCCAUGAGCGACUCUGGAAGGGAGAGUUUAGGGGAUGAAGGGAAUUCGUCCAGAGAGCUGGAGCGCUUGAGGAGGCACCUCAAGCUUGCGCAGCAGCAACUGCACCUUGCCUACCAAACUGAGGAGGGAAGCCCAUCUCGAAGCAGCAGCCCAGAGGUCAACACUGUGGCACAGACGGCCUCGGAACAGAACCGCCUUAAUUUUGCUCAAGAAAAGCAGGGAGAGACGAGUGAGAAAGGUCUACAUGUCUGAGCCUGCGCCCUGCCUCAGUCGCCUGUCUUCUCAUUCCUACUGGCCUUAAACACAUGGGGAAGCACAUAUGGGAAUGCAGUCAGACCACUGAGGACCACCUGUGUGCGUGUGCGUGUGUGUGCGUGUGCUUGUGUGUGCGUACUUGUAUGCGUGUUGUGUGCCUUUCAGUAUUAGAGGUUGGUUGAAAAGCGUAAAAUGCUGAGAGCUGUUUUGAAUGACUGUUCAUCUCCCUGAAGUUAAACUUGAAAUGCAUGCAGUCACAUCCCACGUUUGUAACCAAGCCUCCAUUGUCCUGGCUCCUCCUGCACAUCAGCAGCCUCACCGUCGUCCCGUUGUGGCACUUGGUAACUCUCAUGGUCAUUGCACUCUGUCAAAAGUUUCCGCAAACAAUUUUGUCGUCACAUGCUUCAAAAGAUUCCAGAACCUUCCAUCUAACAGCUUCAAUGGUUCCAUUUCUUCAGUAAUCUGCUGGUUUAUCCACGCAAUCUGCCAAAAAUGUUUGCCUGGAAAAUGCUUGAAUUCUUUAUGGCUUGGAAAUAUUUCAAGGAAUUUCCAAGACUUUUGUGCACAAUGAUUUAAAACACACUUUUAACCGUAUUUCUGAUGGUGAACCAAACUCACUGGCCAGACUUAUCGAAGCCGCUACAGAGGAGGCUUCACCAGCGGAAACAUCUGCCUCCUUGACAACAAUCCAGCCUCAUCUUUUUAAAUUCUUCAAUUGCGAGACAUAUUUUUCCAGCCUUUGACUUUCAUGUCUGCUUCCCCCCUUUUGCCUUUCAACAGCUGACACUAGGAAAACAAGCCUGUAGCUUCUAAAAGACUCACAUCCUGGUGGCUUCUACACAUGCGAUCUCAUGAUCAGCUGGCUUCACACGCAUCUUAUCACACAUCCUAUACCGCGUUGAUAUUCAUCUCACUUUAGUUUGUCUUUUCUGUAAGGUACGACAUUCCUUUUGUGCUACUAUUUUCCCAAUUGCAAUUUUUGUAGUUUAUGUAACUGUAGAAAUUAUUUUUGUGCUGAGAGAAAUUGAAUAAAAUAUA